GCGACGGCUACCUGUCGGCGGGCGGCGCCAUGGAGGCGCUGGGCGACGGCUACCUGAGCGGCGGCGCCAUGGAGGGCCUCCUCAACAUGGAGAUGACGCUGGCCCGCAUGGCCAAGAAGGAGCACAUGGGCAAGUCGCCCUACAACCACUGCCCCUCGCCCUGCUCCUCGCCGGGCCCCGCCGCCUCCUCGCUGCCCUUCCAGCUCUACGGCAAGCUGCCCAAGCAGAGCGGCGGCGGCGGCGCGGGCCUCAGCUACACGGCCAACGUGUCGGUGAUGGACGGCGCCGGCGGCUUCACCCGCAGCCUGGCGGACGGCGUGCUGCAGCUGCGGCCCCGGCUGGCGCCCGGCCAGACGGCCACGCUCAGCAUCCAGGCGUACGCCGACAGCGGCACGGAGGAGGUGGCGCUCAAGUGCUCGUGCCGCCUCAAGGCCAUGAUCAUGUGCCAGGGCUGCGGCGCCUUCUGCCACGACGACUGCAUCGGCCCGUCCAAACUAAACAUUUACCUCAUCUUCUCGCUCCACUCGUCAUCACUGAGUGUGAAAAAAUGGCCGCCGGUUUGUUGGGCUCUUCUUGUGCUGUGCCCCGGCGUGACCUGUUCUCGUCUCUUGCGCAAAGAAAUAUUUUUUUAACCAUUAAAUGACAUUAAAUUGA